AUGUCUUUAAAUCCAGCUCCCUCAGCUCAGUCGCAUGACUACGAGCACAAUGGAGAGGUUGACAUUCCGAUGGAAGACGCGGAUCCCUACAACCGAAGCAAAUACCCUUCCCGUCCUGUCCACCAGCACAGGUUAUCCGCACAAUACAUCGGUGAAGCCUCUACAGCCGCGCAACGGUAUUCCCCGAUGAAUGUCCAACCAACCAAUAUGUACGCCUCAAGUCCUAAAGCGCAGGCACAAAACAAUUUCUCCUACCUGAAUCAGCCGCAAUCGUCGCGAGGGUCACCCACUCGCCAGGCUGCUUAUACCACAGAACGAUAUGCGGAACCUCCAACGCCAACCCGGUACUCGUUGGGAUAUGGCUCUUCCAUUCAGAAGUCAGAAUUCAGUCCUGGAUCCUAUUACUCUCCUUCUGUGGGUAAUGGCCGUCCUGGACCACCGUCUCGACAACAGUCACACGGACCGGGGCCUGUUCCAAGAUUUAGGAAAGUCAACACAAUCCAGGACCUCAAUCCCAGGAUAAACGCCCAACCGCAGUUUCGCAGAGCUAAUCCGGAGGGUGGCUUCAUCAGUCCGCUGCAGGCGCUGACCACGUAUCUCCCAGCCACAUACCGCAUCUGCAACCCCAAUUUCAAAUACGAGUCUUCAAGGAAUCCGAGGCGAGUGCUCACAAAGCCAAGCAAAGGAACCAAGAAUGAUGGCUACGAUAACGACGAUAGCGACUACAUUCUCUACGUCAACGAUAUUCUAGGGAGUGAAGAAGCCGGCCACAAGAACAGAUACCUCAUUCUUGAUGUGCUUGGGCAGGGUACCUUCGGUCAAGUUGUCAAAUGCCAGAAUUUGAGGACGCAGGAAGUCGUUGCGGUCAAAGUCAUCAAGAACCGGACAGCCUAUUUCAACCAGAGUAUGAUGGAGGUCUCUGUCCUGGAUCUCCUGAACCAAAAAUUUGACAAGAAUGACGAUCACCAUCUUCUGCGGCUCAAAGACACGUUCAUCCAUCGACAACAUCUCUGUCUUGUCUUCGAGCUUCUCAGUGUCAACUUGUAUGAGCUCAUCAAACAAAAUCAAUUCCGGGGCCUCAGCACGACCCUGGUACGCGUUUUUGCACAACAACUGUUGAAUGGCUUGGCGUUAUUGAACAAGGCUCGUCUCAUCCAUUGCGAUCUGAAACCAGAGAAUAUUUUGUUGAAGAACCUUGAGAGUCCCAUUAUCAAAAUUAUCGACUUCGGGUCUGCUUGCGAUGAGAGGCAGACUGUCUACACAUACAUUCAGUCUCGGUUCUACCGAUCUCCAGAAGUGUUGCUGGGGCUCCCGUACUCUUCUGCUAUCGACAUGUGGUCCCUCGGAUGUAUCGUCGUGGAGCUCUUCCUAGGGUUGCCACUUUUCCCCGGGUCGUCGGAAUACAACCAAGUGUCACGCAUCGUCGAGAUGUUGGGAAUGCCCCCAAUGUGGAUGCUAGAGAUGGGAAAGCAAUCCGGCGAAUUUUUCGAGAAGACCACUGACGAAUUUGGUCGACGUACCUAUCGAUUGAAGAGUAUGGAACAAUAUUCUCGCGAGCACAACGUCAAAGAACAACCCAGCAAAAAGUAUUUCCAAGCUACCACUCUACCAGAGAUUAUUCGCAGCUAUCCUAUGCCUAGGAAGAAUAUGAAGCCCGCGGAAAUUGAGAGAGAAAUGAACAAUCGUGUUGCUUUCAUCGACUUUGUUCGUGGUUUGCUCACCAUUAACCCGCUUGAACGCUGGUCGCCCCAGCAAGCGAAGUUGCAUCCAUUCAUCACGCAACAGAAGUUCACACAGCCGUUUGUGCCACCGAUGAACCUGAAAUCACCCUCUUCGAGUAAGACUCCUGCACCAGGCGUGCAACAACAACAGCAAGCGGAAGCACUUAGCAAGCAGCGUGCUGCUCAGGCCGCCCAAGCGCAGGCACAAGCACAAGCUGCUCAGGCCGCCCAAGCGCAGGCACAAGCACAAGCUGCUCAGGCUCAGGCUCAGGCUCAAGCCCAGGCCCAGGCCCAAACGGCCGCACAAGCACAGGCUCAGAAUGCCUAUGCAAUGCAAAUGAGCCCCUACCAACAACAGCAACCUCCACCCAUGUACAACGCCAUGUACCAAAGCCCUCAGCAGGCUGCUCCGCCCCCAUAUCCGGCACAUUCAUCAAAUUAUGCUCCACAAAUGGGCAUGAUGGCUCAGCAGACGCCUCAGAUGAACCCCAAUCACUACAGCCAUCAACAAAGCCUGUAUGCACAAGCCACGCAGAGAGCAGGCCGUCAACGAGCAUCGACUAUGGACCAACAACAGGGCGGGAUUCCUCCCGCCAUCCAGCGAGUGACCAGUCACCUGGAUCCGAACGCCCCUAUCCGACUUCAACCUAGUCCGGCUUACUAUCCACCUCCUGCAGAUGGCUACAUUGACUCUCCAUCGACGGCCCGGAGACGUGGUAGCCGGACACAGAGAAAUCGUGAUUUUGUUAGGACCCUGGAGGACGGUGUUAUGGGCGACAACUUCAACACACAAUGGCAUUGA